AUGUCGACCGCCGAAUUGUCCUUGAAGCUGAGCAACAGGUCUCCCAAGCAGCAGAUCAAAAGACUGCCACCGUCAGUCGACCUGCCCAAUGAUGCCACCGUCGAGGAUGCAAAGAUCGCCGUGGCCCGCAAGGUGGGCAUUGCCGACCACAACCAAAUCGGCCUCUUCGACCCGACGACAAAAAAGACGUUGAAGGACAGGAAGGCGCUCCUGCGGGACCUCAAGUAUGAGGAGCUGCUUGUAAAGGACCUUGGCCCCCAGUUGGCCUGGCGCACCGUCUUCCUCAUCGAGUACUUCGGCCCUCUGCUGUUCCACCCGCUGUUCCUGGGUUUGCGGUCGUACAUCUAUCCGGCCCUCUACCCCUAUGUCAAGAACUACGUAUCGGAGCCGAACUCGGGCAAUGCCCUGUCCCUCUCCCAGAAGCUCACCUUCGGCUGUGUCCUGCUCCACUUCCUCAAGCGAGAAUACGAGACGGCCUUCGUGCACCGCUUCUCAGCCAGCACCAUGCCUUUCUGGAAUAUUUUUCGCAACUCCUUCUUCUACUGGGCCGUUGCCGGUCUGCUGGCUGCCUUCGAGGUGUACGCCCCGUUCUCGCCCGCUGCCCACGCGAAGAACCACGCCAUUGACGCAUUGGGUCUUGCCUUGUUCGCCUUCGGUGAGACGGGCAAUUUCAUGGUGCACAAGUAUCUGUCCAGCCUGCGAAGCCCUGGCGGCACUGAGAGACAAAUUCCGAAGGGAUUGGGAUUCGGUCUCGUCACGAGCCCCAACUACAUGUACGAGCAGCUGGCCUGGGCUGGUGUCAUUCUCAUCAGCCGUAGCCCGUCCGUCGCCCUCUUCAUCUCCAUCGGAAUGUACUACAUGUUCAUCUGGGGUAAGGGCAAGGAGCGUGCGUACCGCAAGGAAUUCGGUGACAAGUACAAGAAGAAGCGUUACGUCAUGCUCCCUGGACUCCUGUAA